GUAAGUACAGCGGCGCGCAUUUGUUUACGUUUGUAAGUCGUGUUGUUGCUUUUUUAAUCGUAUUUGCAUAAGUGGGAAAAACGUGUAUCUCUAGCGCUACAUCGUUUACGAUUCCAUAGACAGUUCAAGUUUCCAGUCAAUGCCAAUCCUUGUGCCAAAGGUCGCAGUGCUGAAACGACCUCAGUUUACUUGGACGUCUAUCGGCGUUUUCACGGUCAUCUUUGUUGCACUGUUAAUGCACCAAGGCCUACUCUCCUUGCUUGCUCGUCGGGCCCUAGCAUCGAUGGCAGGAGUCGGUGCCUCCGGAAACUUCUCGUCGGGUACCUUUUCGGUUUCCUAUGUCACAGCACCCAACCAGGAUGUUGCCAAGAAGCUUGCCACUGGCCUGGUCGAGAAGAAGCUGGCAGCGUGUGUCAACAUAGUUCCUGGCAUCACAUCUGUAUAUGAGUGGAAAAAUGAAAUUCAGACUGACUCUGAAGUCCUUAUGAUGAUCAAGUCACGGUCAUCACGGCUAGAUGAAAUGACAAAGUUUGUUCGGGAAAACCAUCCUUAUGAAGUGUGCGAGGUCAUAUCGACACCGAUCCAGCAUGGAAACCCACCAUACCUAAAGUGGAUCUCUGAAGUUGUGCCUGAGGCAGGUGAUGGAAGUGUCAAGUCAGGUGAAGGCCAGUCGAAGUGAGCGAAACAGUGUGCUGGAAUGCCUGAGCAAGUGAAUAAUUU